UCUCAAUGCCCUCUAUGCUGGCUUCUCUCAGUCAGAGCCUUUCUCCACACUUGUCUCCGCUUUUGUGAAGAUGGCUUUCUGUAGCUUCUGCAGCUGAGGAUUCUUCCGGUCUCUCGGGCGAAUCCCGUUCCGCAAUACGAGAUGGCGAGGCGAAAGGUCAUACAGUCGUGCUGGAGGGACGCCAGCUCUUUCACUGCUCGGACGUUCCCAUCGCGCGGCAAAUCCGCGUCUACUGCUGCACGGUCAGACGCAGCAGUAAGGGACCAGCUACCGCUGUUAGCACCAUCGUCGCACGCACCUGCUGCUAACUGGAUUCGCGUGGCACGGGGGGAAGCCAAGGUCAAAGCCAAGGUCAAUCAUCGUAUACUGCGGUCGACUGGAGGCCACAGCAGCAGCGUCCGAGCCUCGUGUCUGUCCCCAGGUGUGCUGUCAGCGAGGCUCGGCAUACCUCCUCCCGAAGCUCUUAUUACGGCCCGGCCGAUCGCACUGCAACGCGCUCAACCGCGGCUGCCUAUUCUGGUGCAUGCGGGGACUCUAAUAGGCCGUCGCGUGACUCCCUUUGCCGCGGCGAUUCCCCUGUUGAGCCUUCACUCAUUCACCAGCCUUCGCACCUUGCCACGUGGCAGCAGCUCAACGUGUCCCAGCGAAUCCGCGCAGCUCAAAGAACCCACCGUAGUAGCCACUUCAAUAACGUCGCCUGCGCCAGAUUCUCGUGCCUGUCGGGCGUGGUCGUCGGUGGUCAGGGGACCCGGGUGGCAGCAGGGGCAGGCGCAACUAGCGGACUCGAGCGAAGCCGCUGAGUGUGACAGUAACGAAGGGGCGGUAACUGAGAGGCGGGCGGAGAGCGUCAAGGGCGGAGAGGGGCAGGUUGUGGGCGGUGGAAGCGGAGGGGAUGGAGGGGAGGCUUGCGCCUGGGAAUUGAGGCAAACGGCGGGUGGUGAUGUAAGAGAUGAUGUCAGCACAGCGAGAAGUGCAGAAUCCGACGCAAGGGUAGGUGAGCUGAAUACAGCAGAUUGUUUGGCGAGUGCAGCAGCCGUUGAAGCAUCGGCAGCAGCAACAGCAGGAAGAGGAGGAGAGGCGUCGGGAGCAGUUGGGUUCAGCAGUGUGGCAACACCAGUUAAGGGAGUGGCUGCAGCAUCGCGCAUGCAUAGGCGUAGGCGAGGAGCAUGGCACAAUCACAGUCACUUUCGCCUCGAGGAUCUCCUGGAAGGCAACCUCCAUUCGUUCAUCCGCGUGCAGUCAGGUUCUGGAACUGCAGUGGGCAUCCUGCUGGCGUCCAUGCUGGCAUCAUACGCAGCCAAUCCGUACACGACAGGUGGCAGCAGCAGCAUCAUCUGCAGGAGCGGCCGCAGCAGCAGCCGCAGCAGAGGUGGGAGAAGGGACAGCAGCAGAGAGAGGAGCAGCGGCACAGGCAGGGGGGUAGAGCGAGAGCCUGGAGAGGUCGUAGCGCACGGGUCUUACAGCCAGGCCACAUCUUCCACUCCGCCUGUGCUGCCUGCCUUCUCUUCGCAUUCUCCCGCCUUCCCCGCCCACUCUUCCCCUUCUGCCUCUCCCCCCUCUGUACUCCUGCUCUGCUCGCCCGACAGCCUGCAGCACGUGGAGCAGGCAGAGGGAGGGAGUGGUGGCAAUGUUGUGGUGUUGACGCCUGAUCAACUCAUGGCUCUCCUCGGCUCCCUGCCUGCGCACACUGCUCCAACUGCACCUGCAGCUGUCUCUCCCCCACACGAAUCGGCUGCAGCAGUGCUGCCGGCAGAUGCUGCAGUUACGAUACGAGCAGAGGUGGGCACAGUUGAUGACGCGUCAUUGCGGGAGGAGCCAUGGCCGCAACACACGAUGCAGCACCAGCAGCAGGUGACGCAGCAGCAGCAACACACGAUGCAGCAGCAGCAGCAGGUGGGGCAUGACGUGGCAGCACUACUGUCAGACGUACGAGUGGUGGUGAUGGAUGACGUGGAUGGCCUCAUGGCCGCCACAUGCCAUGGGGAUGGCUGCUCUAGCAGCAGUGAGAGCAGCGGUAUUCACUGCAGCAGUAGUGCGAGCAGCAGCAACGCGCUUGAAACCAUUCUGGCUCGCAUUUCACCGCAAUCGACUGUUCAUCACCAGUCCUCAGCAUCAGCAGAGCAUCCUCGUGACGUGGGCAGCAGUCCCUUCCAGCAUUCGCCUUCUAUCAUUGCCUUCUCCUCCCUGCCUCUGGACGCCAUGCCAGUGGCCUCGUCAUUAUUGUCAGAAGAAGCCUCAUUCGCAGUAUCGCAACCAUCAUCAUCAUCAUCAGAAUCAGCAUCAUCAUCGUCAGCACAGGAGGUGCUUGAAGCCAUGCUCGGUUCCCCCAUGCAGCAGCUGGAUCUCUCACAGCCGUUGGAUGCUCCGCAGCUCUUUGGAUCCAGCCGUUCCUCGUCAGCCGUGCGGCCGUCCAUCCUCUCUGUGUCGUUACUGAAAGCUAUCCACACCUCCUCCCUCCUCUCUCCCUCCGCCUCCUCCCUCUCCCUCACUCUCCUCUCUGAUUCCACCCCCCACCACUACCCCCUCCGCCCUGCGUCCCUCUCCACCCUCCUCCGCCCAGCCCUCCUCCCUCCUCCCGCACCCCAAUCCCAGCCGCCCUCCUCCGUCUUUUCCGACCCAUUGCGAGUGCCAUCGCUAUUACAAUCACAAGUGCAAUCACCUACCAUGUCAGCAGUAGCGGUCUACUCCCCUCCCCUCGCCCCCUCCUCCCUGCACCAUCUGCUGCAAGCCCUCGUGGCAGCGGGGCUGCAGCAGCAGGCGCACUCCCUCGUCUCCCUCGCCCUCCGCCCUCUCUCCUCUGCCCAUGCGGCUGUGCACGAGGGGCGAGAGAGCAGAGGAGACGAGGGAGGGGAGGGAAGGCAGGGAAGGACAGAAGCACAGCUAGAGGCGUGGAUGCGGUUUCUCCUUGGUUUUACCAAUUGUGCGUCCGCCCCUUACGGCCUGCCCUGUCAGGAUUCCGAGUCUUAUGAGUCGACUCAAAAUACACCUUACGGCCUGCCCUGUCCGGGUUCUGAGUCUCUAGAUUUCAUGCUGAGAGCCAUGGCACGGGACGGGCGGGAUCUCUUUGACCUGCUGCGACUGGUGCGACAGGCACACGCUGCCAUGGACAGGGCCCAUUCUGACGUGGACAGGACACAUGCUGACAUGGCAGAAGGCGAUCCUGCUGCGACUGUUCCUGGCAUGGGUGCCAGCAGCAGCCACACCCCCCAUCCCCAUAGCCACGUACUAAGUGCAUCCGCCUACAGCAGUCUCAUCCGCGCGUGUGUGAACGGGGGCCAUGUGAGGGAAGCCAGGCGGAUACUGAGAGACAUGGAGAAGAGGGGCGUUCCACCCUCACAGGCAGCAGUGAACAUUGUCGCCCACAUGCUCUUCUCCCAGGGGGACCCAGACGCCGCCCUCUCGCUCCUGCAUCAUGUGAGCGCGGCCCACAACAUGCCGAUGAACGCCGCCCUCCUGACGACGUACGUGUGGGGGCUGGGGCAGGCGGGGCGGGGGAGAGUGCAGCCGAAUGUGCGGACGUGGAAUGCGCUCAUGCAUGGGUAUGCGCUGAAGGGCGAUGCUGACGCGGCUGAGGGCGUGCUGCGGCUGAUGAGGGGCGAGGAACGUGCUGUGGGUGAGGGGUAUGAGGAGGAGGUUAGAGAGGGGGCAGUGAAGGGUAGGGAGCCGACAGGCGAGUGGGUUGGGGAAUAUGAGGAGCGAGAGUAUGAGAGGAGGGAGAGUGGCGUGUGGCAAGGUAGUGGUGAGGAGGGUGGUUACAGUGACAAGAAACACCUAGAUCAGCAUCAUUGGCAGGAAUGCCAACAGCAGCAGCAACCCGAGUACCCUUCUGAGCACACUGGCCGGUUCCCCUGGCCGAGUGUGCGCCCCAACACAGUGACCUACUCCACGCUCAUGGCAGCCUAUGCUACAGCGGGCAGGAGCGCCGAGGUGUGGGACGUGUACAAGGAGAUGCAGACCCUCUCCAUUCCUCCCAAUGAGUUCACCUUCGCUACACUCAUCUCCUCUUCCGCAGCCCGCAGCCGCCCGGAUCUGAUCGAGUCCGCACUUGCUGACAUGGCGGCGAGUCAGCAGUGCGCUGACGUGGCGCUGGUGACGAGUGUGCUGGCGGCGGUGGUGGGGUGUUGUGGCGGGAGGAAGGAGGAGGCGGGGCGGGUGCUGAGGUGGCUACUGGGGGAGGCGAAUAGCGAGGGGGGUGUGGAGGGAGUGGAGAGUGAGGGGGGGGUUGGGGAGGCGUGUGUGCGACUUAUCUUGGAGGAUGGGCUCUCGGACGCUCAGGUUCACCACCUCAUCCACCACCUCCUCUCCCAACCAUCAAUACCCCCUUCUUCUUCCUCCUCCUCUCCUCUCGCGUCACACUCCAUCCAUCACACUCACUCUCACUCCUCUCCUCACUCCACUCGCUCUCAAGAGGUGCUAGCUGCCACUCUCACCGACUGUCUCUGGACGUUUGGGCGGCACCGGAGGGCAGCGCUUGUCCUUUCUGCUGCCCUGCAGGCGGGGUUGAUGCAGGGACUGGGGGAGAGCUCACGAGGCGCACAGGGGGAGACAGGGAUAGGCAGAGGGGGAGGAAUGGGCAGAGGGCGCAAUAGCAGCAGCAGCACCACCACCACCAGCAGCAGCAGCAGCAGCAAUAGCAUCAAGAGAAAUUUCAGCACAAGUAGCAGUGAGAGUAUCGACAGCAGUUGCAGUGGAAGCAGCAGCAGCAGCAGCAGCAGCAGUACUGGUAGUGAGGAGAAUGUAGAGAAAGGGAGUUUCCCAAAAGGUGAAAGGCAGUCUAUGGUCGAACAAAAGGGUGCGGCCAGACACAGGGGUGCAACUGAGCUGGUCCAAUUAGACAGUGACACGUGGCAGCUGGACGUGCGGCGUAUGUCGUACGGAGGAGCAGCUGUGGCGCUGAACCAGUGGCUGGUGAAGCUGCUGCACGUGGUCCACUGCAACGAGACGUCUCGGCGCCAGGUGGCUUCUAGCAUCGACAGUUUCCAGCAGUGGAAGCGGGGAUUGAGACACCAGUCAAGAGAGCACCCAAGGGGUGCCACAGCAGACCAGAGAGCAGCGCAGAGCAGAGAGUUAAAGACAGAGGCAGAGGCGGAGGGGCCAGAGCUGCUGGUGCAGCUGGCGCCGGCAGCGGCAUGGCAGCAAGUGCUGGUGAGAGUGACGGGCGGAGGAGGAGGAGGGCGGGGGCAGCAGCAUGGGGGGAGUGGGAAGCUGGUGGCAUUUGGGCCGGAUUUGGUGGCGUGGCUGAGAGGGCCGGAGGCUGCUGCCAUGCUGACUCUGGUGGAUCAUGACUGGUAGCGCUGUGGCCUGUGGGGGUUUGAGAGGGCCGCUUGAGUUACCGCGUUUGAGACGGACCUGGUGGUGUGGCUCACGCAGGGGUCGGAGGCUGCUGCCAUGCUGACCCUGGCGGACCGUGACUGGUAGCAUUGUGGCCUAGAGGAUGGUAGGUGCCUUUUGCUAGCAAUAGUGAAAUAUGUGGCCUUGAUUAAGAACUUGUAUGCAUGUAUGGCUGAAUUAGGAGGCGCAAUUAGCAUGAAGCAUG